AACCACAGUGCAGACCCCAUUGGCUGCUGAAGCCACCAGCACUGCUGGAACUGCCCAGGCAGAACAGCAACAGAAAGAAGUGUGCAGCUGUGGCUCCUGCAGCCCUUUCCUCCUUGUGCUACACCCACUUCUGAAUGCUUGGGACUUCACCAUGCAGCUCCCUUGCCUUCUUCUCUUCAUCCUUCCUGGGAUGUGGGCAGACCCAGAGGGCUCUCAGAAACUCCACCUAUUCCAAACCUUUAUCUUCCAAAAUAGCACCUUUGUAGACCUUUCAUUCUGGGCCACUCUGGAGGACAUCGUCAUUGUUACCAUGCAGAAAUACACCAGGGAAUUCAUUUACCUCCAGCCAUGGGUCUUCCCAGCCCUGCCCACAGAUGAGUGGAAAAGCCUGCAAAACCUGCUCAAGUUCUAUGCGUACGACUUCAUUCUGUUACUUCAGGACAAAGCUAGGCAGCACCAGAUUCCCUACCCUUUUGUGUUCCAGUCCAUGUCUGGCUGUGAGCUGCACCCCAACGGUUCCUACACAAAAUUCUGCCAUCUUGCCUACAAUGCUCACAACUUCCUCAGUUUUGAUGUGGACAGCAGCCACUGGAAGAGGUGGCAGGAGAGUGAGCUGGCGGUGCAUCUUGAGAGGGAUUUCAACAGCUUCAUCGACGUUUCCGCAGUACUGCAGCAUCUCCUCAACAUCACUUGCAUUGACCACAUGAAGAGAUUCAUUGAAUAUGGCAGGGUGGCUCUGGAGAGACGAGAGCCACCUGUGGCCACUGUCUUUGCCCACAUGCACGACCCAGCUCAGCUCCUGCUAGUCUGUCGUGUCACUGGCUUCUACCCACGACCCAUCAGUGUGGCCUGGCUGAGGGAUGGCCAGGAGGUGCUGCCAGGCCCAGCACUCAACACCAGCGCCAUCCUGCCCAAUGCUGAUCUCACCUACCAGCUCCGCAGCAUCCUCAUCGUGGCUCCUGGCAACAGACACACCUAUGCUUGCCGCGUGCGCCACUGCAGCCGCAGCCUUCUCAUUCCCUGGGGCAGCUCCAAGGUGGCCCUUGGCAUUGGUGUUGCUGUUGUGGUGCUGCUCACUGUGGCUGCGACCCUCAUUGGGACUGUCUGGUACUGCAGGCACAAGUGCUAAAAGCGUGGGAUGCAGCAACGCCAGGGAUACUCAGAGGCCAUGCCAACCCCCUCAACUUCCUGAUAAUAAACUGCUAUUUUAAACCCUCAA